CAUCCAACACCCUUCUCACCAAACGCCCUCUUCCUUCUCAUCCUCUUCUCAUCUCUCUAGCAUACUUGCUGGACGAGGUAUUGGAUAAACAAGGACAACAUGUCGUUGACUCAGGAUAAUGUGGCAAAGUUGCCUAGUGCCCCUCAGGUCAGACGUACACCUUCGGGACAUUCGGUCCAUUCUGGUCAAUCGGGAUCACGUACCCCUUCGUUACAUCAACCUCAAAGUUUAUCAAGACGUUCUUCCAUGUCAGCAGGACAAAGAUUGAAUAUCGGUCCUACGCAUAAUGUUAACGUUGGGGAGAUUGGGGUUCCUGUUGUUACCCCUAGGAAAGAAAGACCUUCUCAUCAGAGAUCUUUGACUGGCUCAUACUUCCCCUCUCAACCCGGAGUUGUGUCUAUGGAAGGAGAAUGGCCUAUCGGGGACGAAGACACUUGGAAGACUGCUCUCAAAGCGGAAGAGAUGGAGCCUAAUGACGUACAAGGUGUCGCGAAUAGGGUCGUGAGGCAUGUCAAUACCACUCUGGCAAGACAGGCGUUCAAUGUCGAUGAGCUCGCAGCGUACCAAGCGACUGCCCUUUCGGUUCGCGACCAGCUUCUCACACGCUGGAACGAGACCACUGGCCACCACACUCUCCGUGCGCCAAAGAGGAUCUACUACCUCUCUAUCGAAUGGCUCAUCGGGCGUUCGCUCGACAAUGCCGUGCUGAACCUUGGCUUGAGGAACACAUACGAAGAAGCAACUCGCAAGCUUGGCUUUAACUUUGAAGACCUCCUUGACCAGGAAAGAGAUGCAGGUCUCGGUAACGGUGGUCUCGGGCGUUUAGCGGCUUGUUAUAUCGAUAGUAUGGCCACUCUUUGUCUCCCCGGUUGGGGCUAUGGUCUCCGAUACAAUUACGGAAUUUUCAAACAACUCAUCUCGUCUUCUGGAGAACAGCUCGAAGCUCCUGAUCCGUGGUUGGACCGUGAAAACCCAUGGGAAAUCGCCCGUCUGGACGUCUCUUACCCUAUCCGAUUCUUCGGUAAUGUAGAGACUAUCCCCAAUACCGACCGGGCUCGUUGGACCGGAGGGAUGGAAUGUAUGGCGGUCGCGUACGAUACACCCAUCCCCGGUUUCGCGACCAAAAACUGUGCCAACAUCCGACUUUGGAAAGCUACGCCUAUUUCGGGAUUCGAUCUCAACUCCUUCAAUGCUGGAAACUACGAAGCCAGUGUGUCGGCAAGCAGCAGCGUGGAGAAUAUCACCCGUGUACUCUAUCCCAAUGACAAUAUGUACCAAGGCAAACUCCUCCGCUUGCAGCAACAAUACCUCUGGACUUCGGCUAGCUUGCAGGAUAUCCUGCGUCGAUACACCAAGCUUGACCUGUCAUGGAGCAAAUUGCCAGAAUACGUUUGCAUCCAGAUGAAUGAUACACACCCGACUAUCGCGAUCCCUGAGCUCAUGAGGAUCCUCAUCGACGAAGAAGAGCUCUCAUACGAACAGGCAUGGAAGAUCACCACAAAGGUCUUCGCAUACACCAAUCACACCGUCCUUCCUGAAGCUCUGGAGAAGUGGGAGUUGAGCUUGUUUGAGCAACUUCUACCCAGGCAUCUGCAAAUCAUUUACAAGAUCAACUAUGAUUUCCUGAACCAAGUUGCCAAACGUUGGCCGAACGACGUUGAUCGUCUCGCUCGCAUGAGUAUUAUCCAAGAGGGAUCUCCAAAAUACGUCCGCAUGGCUAACCUAGCCAUCGUCGGAUCGUUCAAGGUCAACGGUGUAGCCGAACUCCACAGUCAGCUCUUGCAAGCUACAAUCUUCCGCGACUUUGUCGAAUUCAAAGGAAGAGACUUUUUCACCAACGUGACGAAUGGAAUCACCCCUCGCAGAUGGUUGUUACAAUGCAACCCCGAGUUGGCGGCGCUUGUCACACACACGCUAGGAAGCGAAGAAUGGUUGCUUAAUGCCAAAUUGCUCACUAAUCUCUUACCCAUGGGAGAUAAUGCAGAGUUUAGGAGUGCGUUCAAGGCUAUCAAACAGUCGAAUAAGGGCAGACUCGCCGACGUCCUUGAAUCGGAACUAGGUAUCGACAUCAACGUCAACAGUAUCUUCGCCUGUCAAAUCAAGCGUUUGCACGAAUACAAACGACAGACCAUUACUAUUUUUUCGAUGAUUUACCGUUACCUCAAAAUCAAGACUGCGACAAGGGAGGAAAAGAAAAAGAUGCAACCGUGGACGAUGAUCUUUGCCGGUAAAGCAGCCCCAGGGUAUUACAUUGCCAAGUUGGUCAUCAGACUCAUCGUGAAUGUUGGCAAGGUCGUGAACAAUGAUCCUGAUGUGGGGGAUCUGUUGAGGAUUUGCUUCAUCCCGGAUUACAGCGUGUCCAUCGCCGAAGUUCUCGUUCCCGCCGCAGACGUCAGCGUGCAAGUCAGUACGGCCGGCACUGAAGCCUCUGGAACUAGUAACAUGAAAUUAGCCCUCAACGGCGCCCUUCUCCUCGGGACGGUGGACGGUGCCAACGUGGAGAUCGCAGAGGAUGCAGGAGAGGACCAGUGUUUCAUGUUUGGUCACCUCGCGGACCAGGUGGCGCAGGUCAGGUUCAACAACAGCUACAAUGCGUUGCCGCUUGAACAAAGGUCUCCAGAGCUCGCAGAAGUCUUCAAGAUGAUCGAAAGCGGUACCUUUGGUGAUGGACACAUCUACGAAGCCCUUCUCCAGACUGUGUACGAACAUGAUUAUUACCUCGUCUCGAACGACUUUGGGUCGUAUCUCGAAGCUCAACGAUUGGUCGAUGACUUAUUCAAGAAUGAUCCGGAAGAAUGGACCAAAAAAGCUAUAUUGACGGCUUUUGCCAUGGGAGACUUUUCGUCUGAUCGGUCCGUUCAGGAUUACGCCGAUGGUAUUUGGUCCGUGGAACCAUGUCGGGUUCCAGAGUAGUUUAGCUCCUUUUUUUCUCAUCAUCAUUUUCUUGUUCAUUCGACACUCCUCGUCAUCUCCACUCUCCGUAACUUAUUAGAUGGAGUGUGGAGUGAGAUGUGAGGAAGUGAUCUGUUAAAACGUGUCGAUAUUUAGUGUGAGAAUGAAAGAAAUGUGAUGGUUUAUACUUGUGAGAAAAGAAUGAUCGAGGGGGAAUAUAACACGGUGUUAACAAGAAAGAAGGGACAGUACAUAGAUCCAAGAUGAAGAAUAUGGUCUAUGUUUCUUUUUC